AUGUCUGCUGGUACAGCCAUCAUCGGCGCGCCAUCGGCAGGUCGGUCCAAUGACUGCCUCUCGGCCGCCCCUCAAAGCCCCGUGCAAGAUGAGCAGGAUGAGAACUCGAACACGUUUGAGGAUCUCGUGGGCACCGAAUCUAAAGAAGCCGCCGCGGCCGGCCCCCUCAAGAAAUCUGUAAGCACUCUGGCGACCUCCAAGAUGGCAAAUCAGAAUUACUCCAAGCAUUUGAUUAUGCAACAGCAGGCUGAGGCCCCAAGGACUGCCGAUGACGGGACCGCGUAUACUCGCGGUUUUGACCACCACCAGUCGUGCAGCUCGAUGCCCCUCACUCCAGCCAUCGAGGUCUUUUCUGCGCCCACCGCGUCGGGAACCGGAUCUGCGAGCGCCACCCCGAUCGAGGGCCAGGAGACGGCUGAAGAACUCUUGCGGCUCAAACUCGAGCUCGCCCAGGCUCAAAGCAAGAUUUCGCGCCUGGACCAAGAGCUCGCACAGAACCGCGUUCAACCGGAGAGUGAGUGUGUAACCCCAGCACUCAUUUCUGACCACGACUACGGUAUGGUGUCCUCCGGCUCGCCACCCACUCGGAUUGGCGCUGGUGCCCUGGCGCUCAAUGGACCGGGUAAGAUGCCACCGUUUUCUCGUGAGAACAGCUGGAUGGCCCAGGACGACACUCCCUCGGGGAUUGGCGACCCGCUACCAACCACAGGUUUGAACCGCCCUCGGGGAAUCUGGAACAAUAACACCAAGCCCGCGUUCGGCGGCUCCUAUCCCCAAGGCCAGAUGGGGGUCGAUGGACCUCAGCAGAUGCCGUGGCCCAACAACCGUGCCGCCAGCUAUGAACCAGCUUUUCCGCCACCUGGCAUAGACAUGUACCGACAAGACCGAAUGGCUCCUGAGCAGGAUGGGAUGAGACCGGCGGGGCGCCGCGGCAACCGGUAUGAGAAUCGAUUUGGGUCGUCCAACAAUUUCGGUAGCGGUUUCAACAACUACAACAUGGGCCCUGCUCCCUACGAGAUGACCCAAGGGUAUUCUGCCGGCCCACAGGCCAUGAUGAACGGUGGUAUGGGAAUGGGGCCGUUCUCGCCUUACCAGCAGCAACCGGUUGGGACUACGCUCUCUCCUCAUGCCACCGAGUUCACGUCUAUCGGCUCGUCGUGGAAAGGCGAGACUUUGACUGCGGACGGUCAAACCUAUGUGUCGCCUACCACCGAGCCCCUCAACUACCGUCGUCUGCUUGACCGCAAUGUCUCUUGCGACUGGAAGUACAUCGUUGACAAAAUCGUCUGCAACAAUGACCAGCAGGCUUCCAUUUUCCUGCAGCAGAAGCUCAAGGUUGGGACUCCCGAGCAGAAGUAUGACAUUGUUGAGGCCAUCGUUGCCCAGGCCUACCCUCUGAUGGUCAAUCGUUUUGGCAAUUUUCUGGUCCAGCGCUGCUUCGAGCAUGGCACUGCUGAGCAGGUCAUCAAGAUUGCCCAGGCCAUUCGUGGAAACACGCUCAAUUUAUCGAUGGAUCCUUUUGGCUGCCAUGUGGUGCAGAAAGCAUUCGAUUCUGUCCCGGAAGAUUACAAGGCGAUCAUGGUCCACGAGCUGCUGCGACGGAUCCCCGAAACGGUUAUUCACCGCUACGCUUGUCAUGUCUGGCAGAAAUUGUUUGAGCUGCGUUGGACCGAGUCGCCGCCGCAGAUUAUGAAGUAUGUCAAUGAGGCCCUGCGUGGCAUGUGGCACGAGGUUGCGUUGGGUGAGACGGGCAGUCUGGUUGUACAGAACAUAUUUGAGAACUGUCUGGAAGAGGACAAGCGUCCCUGCAUUGAAGAGGUCCUGGCCAACAUUAAUAUUGUGGCCCACGGACAGUUUGGCAACUGGUGCAUUCAGCACGUCUGCGAACACGGCGCCCCGGCGGAUCGCAGCCGGGCGAUCGACCAUGUUAUCCGUUAUGCUGCCGAGUACAGCAUGGACCAGUUUGCCUCCAAGGUCGUUGAGAAGUGUUUGAAAAUUGGCGGCCCCGAUUUCCUAGGCCGCUACCUGGACCGCGUCUGCGAGGGCCGCAUCGACCGUCCCCGGAUCCCGCUCAUUGACAUUGCCAGCGACCAGUACGGCAACUACCUGAUUCAGUACAUCCUGACCCAUGCGGCUCCCCAGCACCGCGAGAUUGUCGCCGCCCAUAUCCGUAAGCACAUGGUCUCUCUCCGUGGCUCCAAGUUUGGCUCCCGGGUCGGCAUGCUCUGCACAAACCACGCGGUUGCCACUCGCCCAGGCCCUGCCGUCGGCCCAAUGCCGGGACGGAUGGCUAGCAGCUCUCGCUACGGCAACAACUAUCGCUAA